AGCAAUUCAUAUUGAGCGGUACGUUUUCGUUUCGUUGUUGAUAUAUUUUCAGUUUCAAUUGGGUUUUUGCGCCGGUUACGUGUGUUCAUUUACAUAUUUUAUUGAUAUCUCUGUAAGUUUGUCAUUUUUGUUAGGUGCAUUACCCGUAAGAACGGUGUUUCAAUCAAUAGUCUAAAAAUAUCGAUUUAAGAAGGCGAAAGCUUUAAUUGGUUUUAGAUUAAAACGAUGACACCACAAUUGCAAAAGAAAGCACCAGGAUUUGCUGGAACAGCUGUUGUCGAUGGACAAUUUAAGACAAUUGACUUAAAAGACUAUGCUGGACAAUAUGUCGUUCUAUUUUUCUAUCCAUUGGACUUCACCUUUGUAUGUCCAACUGAAAUCAUUGCCUAUUCCGAUCGAGCAGCUGAAUUCGCUUCAAUCGGUUGUCAAUUGAUCGGUUGUUCCACCGACAGUCACUUUACUCAUUUGGCCUGGAUCAAUACUGACCGCAAGAAUGGUGGAUUAGGCAAACUCAACUAUCCACUGCUGGCCGACAAAAAUAUGAACAUUGCCCGAAAUUACGGGGUUUUGAAUGAAGAAACGGGAAUACCAUUCCGUGGUCUAUUCAUCAUUGAUAAGGAACAAAACCUGCGUCAAAUUACCGUCAACGAUUUGCCUGUCGGACGCAGUGUGGAUGAAACUCUUCGCUUAGUUCAGGCGUUCCAGUACACGGAUGUUCAUGGAGAAGUAUGUCCAGCCAAUUGGAGGCCAGGCAGCAAGACCAUGAUACCUGACCCGGAAAAGUCUAAGGCAUAUUUUGGACAGGCCAAUUAAGUUGCGUGGCUUAAUCGGCAUUGUCGCAUCACCUGUUGAUUAUUCCCUUUUUUUUGAUCAUUUACCUGUUUUUUGUUUGCAAAGCAAUCGAUGAAGUAUUAACCACAUUGUGCGUUUGUGUAUCUGUAGAGCCUUUUUCGGUGAAUGAAGUUGUUGAAAUUUACUGAAAUUUCUCUAAAUUUGCAUAGAAAUUAACAGAAAUUUCAGAAAAAAUGUGUCCAAAACAGGCUCAUAACAAUCAGUUAAAUGGCAAAUAAAUGUUUGUUUUCCCCUUGA